AUGCUUUUCGGUGUUAAACUUGCUAAUGAUAUCUACCCACCGUGGAGAGAAUCGUAUAUUGACUACGAGAGACUAAAGAAGCUACUAAAGGAAAAUAUUAUCAGAGACAAUGCAACAACUACAUCUGACAACAAAACUGCAUUCUGGGAUGAAAACGAUGAAUCUCGGUUUGUAGAGGCGCUAGAUAACGAACUUGAGAAAGUUUAUAGUUUUCAACUGAAAAAAUAUAACACAUUGAUGGAUAAAUUGAGUCAUUUAGAGAAGCAAACUUCAUCUGAAGAACAACUGAAGACCUUAGAUUCUGAAGCAUUCCAACGUGUUCUAGAGGAACUAUUGAGUGAAGCAAAGGAGUUGGAGAAUUUUACGAGAUUAAAUUUUACUGGGUUUGUCAAGAUUGUUAAGAAACAUGAUAAGUUACAUCCUCAUUAUCCCUCAGUGAAGUCUCUAUUGGAAGUAAGAUUAAAGGAAUUGCCUUUCAAUUCAGAAGAAUACUCGCCAUUGUUAUAUCGAAUUUCAUUUUUGUACAAUAUCCUACGAGGAACUUUUGGCACUGUAUCAAAAUCGUUAGCUGAUACAUCGAAGCUAUCUAGUGUAAACGGUGAUGAAUCUGAAAUGAGUUUUAAAAGAUACAAGUUUUGGAUUCAUAAAGAUAACUUGAUGGAGGUGAAGACUAGAAUUUUGAGGCACUUACCUGUAUUGGUCUAUGCAUCAGCUCCAACAGAAAAUGAUGACAUUCUAAACAGAUUUGAAUCGGAUAUUUUAGAUAAUGAUGGUGGUGUUCCAUCAUCCGACUCAAGUACUACAAAUAGUGGGGCAGAAUUAGCACCAAAAUCAUAUGAUCCGGUUAUCACGAACUUAUAUUUUGAUAACGAAUAUUUUGAAUUAUACAACAAUAAAUUACUGAAGACAAGCACUGCUCCAACAUUGAGAUUAAGAUGGACGGGUAAAUUAUCCGAUAAACCUGAUAUUUUCUUGGAGAAAAGAAUGUCUGUAGAAAACCCACAGACUGGUAAUAUCGAUCUGGAAGAGACUAGAUUGAAAUUGAAGCAAAAGUUUAUUAAUGGCUUUAUCUUUAAUGGUGACAGUCAUUAUAAAGAAGCUGUAUUGAAAAAAUUGAAGGAGAGUGGGUUGGUCAGUAACGAUUUGAAUAAGAUGAGCGAUGACUUCGAUUCGAUUCAACAAUUUAUUAUGCAAGAAGAAUUACAACCUGUAUUGAGAACAGUUUAUACAAGAACAGCAUUUCAAAUUCCUGGUGAUGAUAGAAUAAGAAUCACAAUUGAUUCGGAUAUUUUGUACGUGAGGGAAGAUAGUUUUGAUAAAUCUAGACCAAUUAGAGACCCAAAAAACUGGCAUAGAACAGAUAUUGAUGCGAAAGGUGCUAACCCAAUUAAAAUGUUAAGACAUGGGGAAUACGCUGAAUUUCCAUACUCCGUCAUGGAGGUAAAGAUUAAAAACUCAGGUGGGGCUUCGCUAAACAAUGGUGCUUCUAUGGAGACUGCCAAAUUCCCAGCUAAGCAUGGUCAAUGGAUUAAUGAAUUAACAAAUUCUCAUUUAGUUAAAGAAGUUCCCAAAUUCUCCUCUUAUAUUCAAGGUGUGGCGUCUUUAUUUGGUGAAGAUGAAAAACUGGAUAUUUUACCAUUUUGGUUACCAGAAUUAGAAAAUGAUAUUAGAAGAAACCCAACACAAGCUUAUGAAGAGGAAAAAAAAAAAUUGAAGAGGCAAAAGGAGAUUGAAAAGAAACUUGCAGGCAUGAGAAGAGUAUCUAAGAUGCUUAAAAGCCCUGAAGCUGUAGAUUUACAGGAGCUAGAAAAUGCCGAGGAACAAGAAGAAUCACAGCAACCAGCUGUUACAACAGAGGCUGAUUUGGAGGAUCAUGAAUCAUCAGAUGAAGAAAAUGAAAUUCACGUACGGAAACAGAAAAAGAAGCACAAGAAGGUGAAACCCACGUUUUUAAGAAUCUUGGCAGGAAGGGAUUCUAAAUUGAUAGGUGUGGAUUCUGAAGAUGAAGAAAUUGAUUUACCCCCAGGUGUAAAGAAGCCAACAAGCUUUUUAAAAAAUGCAGGGCCUUUAAAGAUUGAAGCAAAAGUUUGGUUAGCUAAUGAGCGUACCUUCAAUAGGUGGCUUAGCGUUACUACAUUAUUGAGUGUCCUUACCUUUUCCAUCUAUAAUUCCGUAAAGAAAUCCAAAUUUCCCCAACUCGCAGACACUAUGGCAUAUAUUUACUUCGGUUUAACAAUUUUCUGUGGCAUUUGGGCAUAUACAACGUAUAUUAAGAGAUUGCAUAUUAUUGAAGAAAGAAGUGGGCAACAUCUUGACGCUCCUCUGGGACCCAUUGUCUUAGCGACUGUUUUAGCAUUUACGUUAAUUGUCAAUUUUUUGGUAGCAUUUAGGGAACAAGCUGUAAGGCAACAGUUGAUCCAAAGUGAAUCUUUUGAUAUAAUCCAGGGCAUAUUACCCGAAAAAUUAGUCAAUAUCCAAAAUUUUAUCUUUAAUUUAGUUGGAGCAAGCUAA